UUGGAUGGCAAAGGAGAACAUGCUUUCCUGACAACGCAAGCUGGCAACAAGAAGUUUAAAAUUGUAUCAUGCUUACUUGUGUUGUGUUUUUGUGAAAAGCGUGCAUACUUUUUUGUUUUUUGAAAAUCCUGUUAUUCCCCAUGAACAACAUUGCUACAUUGAAAAGUGCAGUUACUGGUUCUGGAUCAGGAAACUCAUCGCCUCCUCCUUCACCACCCCCUCUCAAUGGAUGUCCUAAUGGCCAAUUAGACUGUCUUGAACUGUCUGAUCCUGAAGAGGAUGAGCAUAGACUACAGUAUGCAUAUGUUUUAUGGUUUUCACAACGCCAAAGUGGUAAACAAAAUAAUGUGCAGCCUUAUGACCAGAAUUUAAAGCUUAUUGGUGGCUUUAAUACUGUAGAGAAAUUCUGGGCAGUUUAUGGGCAUUUAAUUCGGCCUUCAGAAAUGGCUCUACACAGUGAUUUUCACCUUUUUAAGUAUGGAAUAAAACCCAUGUGGGAAGACGAAGCUAAUAAAGAUGGCGGGAAAUGGAUUGUAAGACUCAAAAAAGGACUAGCUUCUAGAUGCUGGGAAGAUCUUUUAUUGGCUAUAUUAGGUGAACAAUUUAUGGUGGGAGAGGAAAUUUGUGGUGCUGUUGUUUCAAUCCGAUUUCAGGAAGACAUAAUAUCUGUGUGGAAUAAAACAGCUAAUGACCAGCAUACGACAAUCCGAAUACGUGAUACAUUGAAAAGAGUGCUGAAUCUUCCUCCAAAUACUAUUAUGGAGUACAAAACACAUAACAACAGUUUGAGAGAUAAAUCAAGUUUCCGCAAUACAGAUGUCUUUUUACACUGACAUAGAUUGUAUAUUUUUGAAAACAUUAAAUUUUUUAGAGCUUUGA